AAUAAUUAUAAAUAAGUAUUAAAAUAAAAGCAUUGUUGUCUGUAUUACUUAUAAAAAAAAAUCAAAACACUAAAUCAUUAACUAUAUUGUCAAAAUGAUCUUUUUUAAGCCAUGGUAGGAAAACACUUCUUCUUCUCCCUUUCUGUAAGAUAGUCAAUGUGAGUUAUACUUAUGUCUGUGAAUAAAUACUGAGGACAAACUUCUCACCACGGUCGGUCUGCGUUCUGUUUGCUCAGUUUAGUCUGUUUAAUGUUUGAAUGUAAAAUGUUUGUGAACAGAAAAGUGAAAAUAAAUCCAGUGGCUCCUGUCCAGCAGGGGGCGCUGUGAGCUUCAGCGUCAACAAUAAGACGCUCGAGAACGAGACGAACCCGGAAGUGAAACAUCAACAGACGGUCACGUGAGGAUGCUGAAGGCUGAAGAUGGAAGAAACAGACUUUAAUGAUAUUUUAGAUGACUGGUUUAUCGAGUCCCUGAAAACGUACAAAGAUCUUCAUGUGUAUCAGCUGGAACAUCCCACCCAGGUGUUGGAGUGGACGUCAGGGAAGACCGUGUGCGUCGCAGGAUUCAGUCCGUCUACAAAUGAAAUCCUGGAGCUGCAUUUGCCUCUGAAACUGUUCGCUGAUGACAAUAAGGGUCUUUGUGCAGAGCGGGACUUUAAAGUUGUCCACGUGAUGGAUGAUGUUGAUGGUGUAAUAAUAAGCAUGACGGAGGCUCAGUGUUCUGAAUGUGAGUCUGUUUUUAUGGAUCCUUCGUAUCCGGUCAUAUUAAAUCCAGCAGUUGUUUUUUGUUGCUGCAGGUGUGUCGUCACCAACGACGGGCUGACCUCCGACCUGCAGGUGUGGAGCGUCGGAGGAGACGACAGCGACGUGAUCAGGUUGACGGGGCGUGUCGAGGGGAGGAAGAGGAGGAGGAGGAGGAAGAAGAGUGUUCCAGAAGGAGGAAGCUUCAGGAUCGCAGCUCGACUCUCCUCACAAGUUCUUCAUGGAGCUCAGAGCAGCGACGUCCAGCUGACUCAGCUGAUCUCAGGGCAGAUCCUCUACGCGCUGGAGACGGACUCGGAUGAUCCUCUGAGUUCUUUACAUUUCGUGGACGACGUCGUCUUCCUCGCCGGCUGCUCUAACGGGAACGUUUACAUCGCCGACACUCGGACGUCUGCUGCUCCUCAGCUUCACCCUCCACCAGCGUCCUCGGGCGAGUCCGUCCUCUGGUGGACGGACGUGUCCUCCUGCAGCGUCGUCAGACUGUCCUCCGCUGGACAGGCCGUGAUUUCAGACCUGAGGAAACCUGCAGGAGCCGUGAGUCGCGCUCAGCUGGACGUCCAAUCGGGUCGCUGCAACCCGGACGUCAGAGCGUCGUGGGCUCCGGCGCUGGACGGCUGUAUCGCGGUGUCGGGUUUCAGUGGAGCGGUUCAGAUCUACAACACAUCAGUCUGGCAGACAGAGUCUCGGGAAGUCCAGCCUCUGUUCGAGCACCGCGGUCACGCCGUUUCCUCGCAGCCCGGCGACGACGUGUUCGUCACCUCCCACGUCUGGCAUCCCGAGCGGCCGAGGACGCUGCUGUCUGCGGCCUCGGACGGCUCCGUCCACGUGUGGGACUGGGUCGACCAAUCGGCUGCCCGCUGCUGACGGGUCAAAGGGGAGAUCUAGUUCACCUGAGAAGAGGAAAGGAGAAAGGAGCUGGUGUUGCCUCUGAGGCACGGCUCAAUGGAUUUAAGGAUAACUGAUUUUUUAUGAUGGGUGUAGGUUAGACUCUAACCUUUGGUGGACUGACCCUUAAAGGACUAUUCCCUCUGUAUGAAUUGCCUCUAUUUACGAAAAUAAAAUGUUCUGGUGCUCAUGAA